AUGGCACGUCUCAUAGUUUUAUCUUUACUGCUAAGUGCUUGUGUGACUGUGCGGGCCGAUCUAGGAUUAAGCCUAACUAUUCCAGGACUUGCGAGUGGUGUUUCCGAAGCAAUCAAUCAGGGAGUGAUCAAUCUCGUCAAAGCGAAUGGUACGCUACUUCGAAUGAAUCCCGACAUGGAUAGAUCCGGUGCACUUCCGGAUCUGAUUCAGGUGGUCAACUACGUUACCAGCCCGCUGAACAAACUGUUGGGAGCAACGAUGGCUGGCAGCACGAGUAAAAAUUCCAACAGUCAGGAGUUUUUUGCAGCCCUGUCCAGUCAUACCGCUGAUACAAAAGUAGCAAUUGCAAAUGCUCUGAUUGCAGCGGAUAAAUUGCAGGGAACUGUGAGACCAGCGCAAUACGACGAAAUUCGAGGAAACGUAUCGCUCAUUGAAUCGAACCUUCCACAACUGCAGGAAACAUUCACCGUUUUGAGUACCACGGUUGCAGUGGUAAAAAGUUCAAAAGAACCGGUUACAUCGGAGAAUGUGACGAUUUUCUUCACAAGACCUAUCAUUGACGGAUUGAUCUACCCGUUGCAAAACAUCACCCGAGGUGUCAACGGCUUGGCAACCGUUGUAUUAGCAGUCGUGAAGGACAAAAUGACUUCUAUGAAUGCCAUCGCUUCCAUCAAUGGAACAAUAAACAGUGGAUCGAGAAGUCUUGCAAUGGUAACUAUGAAUUUCAACAGGUCAGUUAACGAAGCGGGAAACUUUGUCGUCAAUAAUGCAAAUGGUCUCUACGGAAGUAUCAACCAAAUGUACUCGAGUAUAGUGAACCGACCGCAGAACUUCAACGGGGGCGAUAUCAGCAAAGUAUCCAGAUACCUCUCGGAAGUGAAGACCAACGUUGACCGGUUCAGCAAGGAUAUGGGUGAUACGUUUGGCUAUCUGCGGGAUAAUGUAACCAGCAUAUUGAACAGCCAGGUUGAUAAGAUGUCCCAAAUUCUUCUGGCAACGGCAACGAACAUUUCGAACAUUGGUUAUACCAGCAACAGUGAAAAUGCCGACCGCUGUGUUACGAAGUACACGAACCAACUGACCCAGAAUCCGGUUCAGGUAAACCGGCUGACCGCGUGUCUACAACCGGAGAUCAACGGAUUCAACGGAUUCACUGGAAUUUACCAGCUCUAUCGAAUGCUGAUGGAUCAAACAAAAACGUUGGGUGGAUCCGUUUCGUCAAAUGUUCUGGGGCGACAGUGUACUCAGGGAAUGAGCGAUUGUGUGGUCACGUACUUUGACUACUUGCACAGCCUCUCCCAGCAGGUCGACGAUAAACUGAACAUCAACGUCCAGGUCGUGGCUCGCGAAACGAUGACUAUACAGAAUCGAAUCAGUGCAUGUAUAAUGGCGAUCACUGCCGACAUAGUGGACAAUGCCCGUAUGGUUCAGGUCAAAUCCGACAACUGUUUGUCUACUGGAACGAGAGGCGUCAUGGCGGCAGAACCAAGCUUCUCCAAAUCGAGUUCCAAGCAGAUUGCUAUAAGAAUGCGAAGAAUCGAAGAGGAAUUUUCCAAGUAG